AUGGCGGAAAGCAAACGCCAUAACUGCACAGUACAAGUGAAGCUGGAGUUAGGGCAUCGAGCCCAACUGCGGAAAAAGCCCACCACUGAAGGGUUUACUCAUGACUGGAUGGUAUUUGUCCGUGGCCCAGAACAAUGCGACAUCCAGCAUUUUGUGGAGAGGGUGGUCUUUCGGCUACAUGAGAGCUUCCCCAAGCCCAAACGCGUGUGCAAGGAGCCCCCUUACAAAGUGGAGGAGUCUGGCUACGCUGGCUUCAUUAUGCCCAUUGAAGUAUAUUUCAAAAAUAAGGAGGAACCGAAGAAAGUUUGCUUUACAUACGACCUGUUCCUGAAUCUGGAGGGAAACCCACCCGUGAACCACCUUCGCUGCGAGAAACUGACUUUCAACAACCCCACUAAGGAGUUCCGCCGCAAACUUAUUAGGGCUGGAGGGGUGAUGGUAAUGCCAGAAGGAGCAGAAACUGUGUCCAGGCCAAGUCCUGACUAUCCUAUGUUACCCACAAUACCACUCUCGGCCUUCUCUGAUCCCAAGAAGACCAAACCAUCCCAUGGGUCAAAGGAUGCAAGCAAGGACAGUAGCAAAGUAUCCAAACCACAUAAAGUAACCAAGGAGCAUAGAGAGAGGCCAAGGAAAGAUUCUGAGAGCAAAAACUCCUCCAAAGACCUCGAACGAGAACAAAACAAGCCUUUGAAAGACUCCUCUAGAAAGCCAGCUGAGAACAAACUGCCUAAGGAGGAGAAAGCACCUCCUAAAGCUGCUUUCAAGGAACCAAAACUGGCUGUGAAAGAGACCAAACUGGAGAACACUUCUCCAAAGGGUGGGCCACAGCCGGAGUCAAAGUCUUCCAGCAAAAGGCCCUCCAAUGUGGAGUCACCAAAGCCUAGUGCCAAAAAGCAAAAAAAGAGCAGCUCCAAAGGGGGGAAGAACAUCCCAGGGACUUCUCCUCGAACCUCGUCUUCCUCAUACCCAGAGAAGAAGCAAACCAAGGAGAAGACGAAUGCCAAAGUGGAAAAGGUAAAAUCAGAAAGUGAAGCCAAGGAGAUCAAAAAACCUGUGGAGAUGGAGGAGUCGAAUUCAGAGGAUGAAACUUCUUUUAAGUCAGAGGGGGACUGGGUCCUGUCUGGGUCCACUCCUUACCCCAGCAAUGUGGGCUCAGGGAAAGGAGAAACUACCAGGGUGGAGCCAGCCAGAGAGUCAAACCGUCAGGAGCAACAGCAGCAGCAGUCUGUCCUGUCCAGUCCCUCCAACUCCAGUUCCAGCUCAGACUCCAGUUCGGACUCGGAUUUUGAACCAUCUCAGAACCACAGUCAAGGCCCAUUGCGCUCUAUGGUAGAGGAUCUGCAAUCGGAGGAAUCAGAUGAUGACGACAGCUCUUCUGGGGAAGACACACCAGUCAAACCAAACCCAGUCAGCCGGGAUUCCAGACUGAGCCUUAGCGACAGUGACAGUGAUAACAGUGCAGAUUCCUGCCUGCCGAGUCGAGAACCCCCUCCCAGUCAGAAGCUGCCCCCAGCUAAUAAUAAGGCAUCUGGAAGAAAGAGUCCAGAAUCCUGCAACAAGCCAGAAAAGAUCCUGAAGAAGGGAACAUAUGACAAGGCUUAUACUGACGAAUUGGUGGAGCUUCACAGACGGCUGAUGGCGCUACGUGAGCGCAAUGUGCUGCAACAGAUUGUAAAUCUCAUUGAGGAAACUGGGCAUUUUAAUGUUACCAACACAACUUUUGACUUUGACCUUUUCUCCUUGGAUGAAACGACCGUCCGUAAGCUGCAGAGUUACUUGGAAGCAGUGGCAACAUGACGCUUAGUCUUGGAAAUGGGCUGCUUUUGAAACCAGAAAUCCCAUCUCUUGGUACCAGGAAAUAAACCCAUGGAACUAGGCCUUCUUACUCUCUUGAUUCACCCGAAGCACUGCCUUAGAGAACAGCCAUGCUCUAUGAAUGCACAGCCAGCUGCACUUUCUUGUAGUCUUCAAACAAGUACCCAUAUCGCUGUCUGUCCUCCCUAGCUUCAUAAGUACGCUUGGGCACAGGUACUAAGUAGCGCAAGAGACGUGCUGCUCCCAGCUGCACAAAGUGACUUUUUUGGUUUCACUUCAAGAAACUGUGUUUAAGAACACAUUUCCAGGUGUCUCUGAGAUCUGAAGAAAUUUGGACGGUGGUUUCUUCACUAAAUCUAGGGACCAGCCUGCUGGCAGAGAGGCUCAAGCGAGUCAGGUUUCCCCCAGCUCUGUGGAGAAUUGUUCAUGCUGUGUAGACAAGAUUGGCUUUUACAAAGCUAGCCAUAUGACUUAUGACAGAAGGCUUCCCAAGGGGUCCUGUUGGUCUAUUGCAGAGGAAGUGGAGAGAUGCCACUUUGGAUCACUUGCAGGCUCUGUAGUGGUUUGGUACAAAGUAUUGUCUCUAACUUGGUUCCUGAUCCCUACAAGGCAUCGUUCCAUAUGCAGAGAGUACAGGGCCUUAUUCUGUGUUUCAGCUUCCUGGAGAGACAGUUUGUGCUCUUUGAAGAGGCUCCCGAAUCUGCUGUCUCCCACUGGGGUUUUGAGACCUCUUGUUUAUUGAUCCAAGCUCCUAAACAAAGUCUCACUCCUUUCAGUCUGCUUUAACUGUAAUAGGACUACAAAACUGUAUGCUGUAUAUUUUAUAUAUACAUAUAUAUAUAUAUAUAUAUAUACACACAUAUAUGUGUAUAUAUAUAUAUAUAUAUGUAUAUAUAUAUGUAUGUACUGUAUGUAUAAGAAGGGCCUAGUUGGGUCUUAAGAUUUUAAGGGUGUGUUUUUCUGUUAUGUUUUUUUUAACGGCCAUGGCAGGGGAGGGGACUUACUAAGAUUUGACUUGUUUGUUUGUUAAAAUGCCUCUUGUGGACAAUUUUUAGCAGAUGAAAGCUGAACAGCAAUCUUCAAAGCAUUUUGUGCUCUGAUGGGACUUAUCUGUCUUUCAUUUUUUCAGUGUUUGAAUAACUUUGCCAAAAUAAGUCAUUGGUUUUUGUUCUAUGUUCUCAAGGAUGAAUUUUCCUACAGUGGCCCCUAUAAUAGUGGCUGUAUUCUGGGGGAAACCAAAACAAGGGAGUGUUUUAUCUUGGGACAUGCUUGUCAAAAAACAAAAAACAAAAACAAAAAAUAGUAAAGAUUUUGCCUGCGCGAAAAAAGGGCAGGAAAUAGAAAACACUAAUCCAGAAUAUUUUACGUUCCUAGUGAAACUAGUAUUAACUUCCAAAUGCUGUCUGUGUGUUAGCAGGGAGCAGAGGAGGUCCCACAAGUAUAAUCAAAACUGUGUUAAACUCUUAUCUACUAAAUUCAGUAUUUUAAGAGAGAAUGAUUUUGCUUUUCCAAUGAAUAUUUAAGCUUUUGCCAAAUGUAAAUAGGCUGCUGGCAUAGCACUGCGAAGGAAGCUACCGGUCAGAAUAACCCUAUACAAACACAUGGACUUUCCAGCUCUUUUUUACAGUCUCUUGUGGGACCUCAUUGAGGUAUGAAAUACAGUUUGAGAGCUCCCUCUAUGUGCUGUCCCACCGGUCAGCGUUGAAUUCCAGUCCCUUGUUUUGGAUUACCCCUUUCUUUAUCAUGGAAAUGUUGCAACUAAUCGAUUGAAGCGGCAAUACGAUGAUAAGGUUGUUUGAGUUGGGUCAUGUUGACCUGAUUCCCGUUGAUUUUUGUCUGUUUGUACCAUCUUUCACAUGUCUUUCUAUAAACACCAAACUCAUGCCAGGCCUGUGCCCUGUCAUGUUGACAGUGAUUUUUUUUUAGCUGUUUUUUUUUCUUUCCUGAUGGACAAUUCCAAGUCUGGAUCGAAACCCUGCUCAAGAACGCACUUCAGCAAGGUUGAGGAUUGCUGGAAAAGGAGGGAGCUGCAGUAUCACCUCAAGCUCUGCAACUGCAUAUGGCUUAGCUGGAGGAAGUCACGCCACAAUAUGCAACAGAUUUAGCUUUUUAACUCUGGAGAUCCUUUGUGCUGUUUAGGGCUUAGUGAGUCUGUUUAAGCUCUAGAUGUAGUAUUUGUUCAGACUUUGAUGGAGGGAGUGAGUUUUGUCAUGUUGCAUAAUUUAAAAGCAAAACAAAAAAGAAACCCCUCCCAAGACAAAUUUCUUAGGUAUGUGAAGAGGUAUUCGAAACCCCGGUAUUGCCUCGAUCCAGAUCCUCCAGGGAAGGGAAUGUGACAGGUGAAGCCUUUACCUCCCCAGAGCAGUAAUAGCAUCAGUGUUGACUGAUUGGCACAUGUGGAAGGUCCCUGGAUCUUUCACCACCUCUCUUCUCCCUAGAUUACUUGCCUCUGUUUCUUCCAUAUCACCUAAAUCUGCUUCAUCCAUAGCACGCACCCACACGUUCAGUAUUUUGUCCUGGAAGUAUAAGUGGCUUCUAAAGCUACAGCACAAGGGACCAGAGACGCAUCUCUCCUCUUUCCCUGUCUUCAUAAUGCUCCUAAAAUGGUUCCAAGGAGCAAGAGACUUGAGGAUGUUCUUGAAUGUAGCAGUGCCCUGUGGAAGUGCCUUGGGUGACCCCCAAUGGCCACUGCUAUGCCCGGUCCUGGAUUUGACUUGUGAGAUUUUACAAAUAUUAAUUUGGGAAUUUUGUUUGUUUUUAUAAAAGGUAUUUUACACACGGAUUUUUUAGACUUUAUAAUACUCUCCUUGGAAACCUGAAAUAGAAAUAUUCCUUACAUUGUAUGCACAUGCUGGUUUGUUACUAAAAGGUUCUCCUAAGUACUUAGGUGUUUUACAGAUUUAUUGUUUGUUGAGCGGGGCGGGGAGGGGUGGGGGUACAGCGGGAGUGGGGACCACAGGAGGAAUGACUCUGCCAAUGAGGACAAAAUUGGUCAAAUCUUGGGCCUCCCAACCUUUGUGUCCUCUUCUAGUUACCUAUACGAAAAGUCCCACUUGUAGAUUCUCUAGUAGGCUGACUGAGUGGUGUUCUGAACAUGCCCUGUACAGGUAUUUGUGGAUAAAGUGUUUGUUCUUGUGUCUCUCUUGGGAGCAUGGAUGGAUAAUUGUAAAAUAGGAAGGAAAUGUUGAUAAUGCUAAUGUUAGCACCACUUCAAAUCUGUAUGAGGAUGCAUCAUAACUUGCAUUGUUUAAAAAACAAAAAAAAGAGAAAAAACCCCCCAAAAAACAGAAAACAGACAAAAAAAAAAAAAACCCCACAGUUGUCUUUCCAAAAUUGACUUCUUAGCCAUACUGAUUUUUCUGAGGAAAAUGGACAAAACUCUAGUUUACUUAAAUGUCCUUCAGCUUGUUAUUUAGGUCAUGUACAAAUGAUUGAUCUGAAGGCUUUCAGAGUCUCAUUGUUUUGAGUAAUGUGGAUGUGAGAUUAGGACACAGCUUUUCCUUUGUCCUUGACCUUUGCAUAAGAGGGCAAAAGGGGUUAAAAACGCUUUCCUGUUGUCUUGGUCUGAUGUGUAUAAAGCCUUGAGGCUUUGAUUACUGUCAUUUAGUGUAGAAAUGGAUAGAACGGUUGUGUCUAGACCACAAAAUGCCAGUUAGGAAGAACGUUGGACACAAUGGUAGUAAGACUGGCUUUGCUGUAGUUGGCCUGAAUAUAUGGAAGUGCAAUGAUGUAGCUACCAGUUAUUAUCCUGCUCUCCAUGGUAAUAGCAUCAGAACUAGUACAAAACUAUGAUGCGACAACCAAGGAGCGGUUCUUGUCAGAGAUCUUGAGCUUAUUUUGAUGGAAAAACAUUAAAUCUUCCUUUAUGGAGCCCCAUCAUAACCUCUGUAAGCAGAGGGCAACAUUGCUAUCGGUUCAGUUGACUUCACAUGCUCUGUCCAACGGCCACCAAUGGCUUUGCAUGCACUAUAGCACAGUUGAGGUACUCAAAAGAAGCUUCCUUUGUCAUUUCAGGUGCCUGGCACUCGCUAGUGUAGCGGACAUGGUAGUGUCAACACUAGACAACCGUCGUGCACCUUUUUUAUUACUUUUAAAGAGAUUGAAAAGGAUGGGUAUUGCUGUUGUGGGGCACGGAAUAGUCAUCAAGAACUAAAGAGAUGAGUUUGCACUCCUAAGGAAAGUAUAAGUACUUCAACGUCUAGAUUUUUAAAAUUGUAUUCUGCCUAAAACCAAGGUAUUAAAUACCUUGUUUUUUGAGGAUAUUAAAAGUUGUGUUGGGGAAAUGAGUUCUUCGUUCAGCUGUAAGAAAUUCAUCUGGCCCAAGACUAAUCCAAGAUUUAAAAAAAAGGAAAAAAAAAAUCAUGUUUGUAAUAAGUUACAGGAUUGUUUCUGUCCUGAAUUUUAAACUUUUUGUUAAAUUUGUGGAAUCAUGGAGGAGUUUUUCUAGAAAAACAUGAAAUAAAGUAAGAUGGAAAAGUAA